AUGACAUCUAAAUUCUUAUGCGGUUAUGAUGAAACUAACAAUGAGAACUAUGUUCUGGAUCUUUCUGGGGGCAUCGAGGAACCUGGGGGUAUCAAGUGGGAUCUCUGUCUGUGCCUUCUUUUCAGCUGGGUGAUAGUCAUCGUCUGUCUUCUGCGUGGAAUAAAAACAUCUGGAAAAGUUGUGUAUUUUGCGGCUACCUUUCCUUACAUCGUGCUAAUCAUUCUUCUAAUCACAGGAAUUUUACAAGAAGGGGCUCUUAAUGGUAUUUUAUACUUUCUCACUCCGGAGUGGAAGAAGCUACUGGAUAUAAAAGUAUGGCAAGCAGCUGCAGGACAAAUGUUCUUUUCACUUGGAGUUUCAAUGGGAGCUCUCAUUAUGUAUAGCAGCUACAAUGACUUCCGUAAUGAUAUAUUCAGGGAUGCAAUGGUCGUCAGUGUACUGGAUACUGUGACGAGCAUUAUAUCCGGAAUGGUCAUCUUUUCCGUCCUCGGUGCCAUGGCUCAUGAUUUAGGCCCCGACAUAGGUGUGGAGGAUGUUGUGGCUAGCGGUCCUGGAUUAGCAUUCAUGGCAUAUCCUGAAGCAUUAAGUCGACUUCCCAUUCCCCAGCUGUGGUCUGUUCUUUUCUUCUUCAUGCUCUUCAUACUCGGAUUGGAUAGUGAGUUUGCUUUGAUGGAGAACGUACUUACAAGCUUCUGCGAUGAAUAUCCACGCCUUCGCAACCACAAAUCCAAGUUCUGCAUCUUGUUGGGUAUCGUAUGCUUCCUUCUAGGUCUACCUUGUGUUACGAAGGGUGGACAAUACGUUUUAGAGAUGAUGGACAAGUAUGGAGGAGGAACAGCUGUGGUUUGCGUGGCUGUUGUUGAAAGUAUGGCUAUUGCCUGGCUCUACGGCGUCAGCCGUUUUUGUGACGACAUCAACUUUAUGCUGGGAAGAAAGCCUGGAAUUUACUGGAGAACGACCUGGAGAAUAACCGCCCCUGCUAUCCUUACAUUCGUGUUUGUGUUCUCAUUGGUGGAGCAUGAAACUUUGAAAUAUGGAGACUAUGACUUUCCAGACUGGGCCGAUGGUAUCGGAUGGUGUCUUGCACUGUUGUCUAUGUCACAUAUACCUUUCUGGGCCAUCGUAGCAGUGUGGACACAGCCUGCAUCCUCCAUAAAAGAAGGAAGCCGCCCGUAACGCCGUGCAUUCAGG